AAACGGUAACAACUUUUCACCGUUCUCUUAGUCAAGUUCUAUAAUUUCACAACGUAUGAUCACAUCGAGGAGUACUCCGUUAUUUUUCCGCAGUAUUACGAAUGUUUUUUAAAUUAAACAUGGGAGGAAUGCAAUCAAGAAGACAUGAUGCUUGUACCCAAACACCGUCAUUUGAGUAUCGCAAAGAAUAUAUUGAAGUACCUCUGGGAUGUUAUUCCACAUUUUACGACAUACCAGUCUGCACUGGUCCACCAGCUACAAUAAACAUUUCUUUCAACGCCCGAACUACCCAGCCACCAAACAAACGUCAAAAGUACGACCCAACCUAUUCACCAUGGCAGAGCGCAUUUGAAGAAAAAAGCUUCAGUACCCUCAAGGGCUCUCCAUCAUACAACGUCUUGAGGAAGCGAACGCGCAGUAAGAAGACAGUGAAACGUCAAGAUGUUCUUGAUAAUUUCGAAAUGAACCUUUGUAGCAAAUCAAUGUUGACGAAAUCUAGAAGUAAGCAGAACGAAAAAAUGAACUUUGCGGAUUCGGAGGCACUUGCACCUUCGCCUCGUAGCAAAUCGACUUUAACUGAGUUUGAAAGCCAGCGGAACAAAAAGGUGACAUUUGUGGAUGCAAUAACACCAGCACCAUCGGUACGUAGUCAUACAGCUUUCUCGAAAUCUGAAAACAUACGGAACAAAAAAGUGGAAUUUGAAGAUUCGAUAGCACCUGGAAAAUCGGUUCGUAGAAAUUCGACUUUACUGAAAUCUGAAAGCCAGCGGAAGAAGAAAGUGACAUUUGCAGUUCCCAUAGCAUCUACACUAUCGAUUCGUAGCCAUUCAACUGUCACGAAAUCUAAAAGCAAUCGAAACCAAAAGGUGGAAUUUGAAGAUUUGAUAGCACCUUCAAAAUCUAUUCGUAGCAAUUCGACGUUACCGAAAUCUGAAAGCCAGCGGAUUACAAAGAUAACAUGUGCGCAGCCUAAAGUACCAGUACCAUUGAGUGAUAAAGAUGAAACCACCGAAAAUUGUUUUCAUACCGCUCGCAAAUACUAUGAUUUGAACUUCUCUAAUGAAAAGCUGUUUACCGAUACCGAUGAUGACAAUGGAACGAAGCUGUAUUCAUCCAUAUUUUUGCCAAAAAAUUAAGGAGAGGGAAGAUUGGUAUUUUAGUGGCAGAACGCAAUAAUUGGAGUAUUUCUUUUAUAAACACGUAUUGUUAAUUUUUCUUAGCUCACGCAAGUUGUAAAGAUCGAAAUGCGAUCAUUUUGUCUCUCGCACUGUCAAGUCAGCAAAAGUUCUAUAUUAAAGGGCAGUUUUCGAACGGGGACGACUUAACAGAAGGUCCAGAAAAACACAAAAGUUAUCUAUUGACUAGAGUAUGACUAAGCAACUAGUUAGUUUCUAUAAUAUCUAAUGUUAAUUUUCCAAACGAGUUACAACAACUCUCUAAUUCGAUUCUAAACUUAUAAAGGUAUUUAAAUUAUGUCCAUUUCAAAUAAAAAUCAAAGCUUUUUAUAUAAUAACAUUGUUUUAAUUUAAUGUUCUUCUUGUCUAAUAACAAUUUUUUUUAUUUAACUAACCUAAUCUCCAUUGAAAUUCUGUUGUAGUCCCCUAAAAUUGAUUACACAUCGUUACUUUGAGAAUAAAAUUAGUUAUCUUACAACAGAUAAUGAAAAAUUAUCAAGCGUUAUAGGCUGUUUACCGGGAUAACAUGGAUAAUUGAAAUACUGGUGUUGAUGCCUUAGUUCGUUAGUAAGCGGUUUCUUCUAUGAUUAUAUAAAUAUAAAUUUAAAUAAAUCGUUGCAAGUCUUUU